GCGGAUGGUCUAAGCCGCGGGUUCAUGACAAGAGAACGUAGCCCGGGCGAUGGUAGCGACUGGACGGUCAGUGAGGAUUGGGAAGAGUCGCGAGGGAUUGUACAAGACCUCUUCGAAGUGGGAACCACGUCAUCACCAGUAUCGUCUUCGGCACUAGAAACUCUACGACUACGUUUUGCUAAUGAACCUUUAUUUUUAGAAGUCAUUGACGCACUUCACGAUUUAGACUCGGACAAGACAGUCAAAGAAAAGCGUCGCGCUCGUCAUCGAGCCCAACAUUUUUUCGUUGCAGAAGAUAAACUAUGGAGGGUCCCAAACGACUCAUCCACGCGAGUCCACGGGAAGCUGGAAUGCAUGACGCAGGAGGAAGCAGGGGAGCUCGCAAGGAGGGAGCAUCUGACAAAAGGACAUUGGGGAAGGGAUCUGGUUAAACUCCAGUUGAUGGAUAGGAUAUACAGCCCACGCCUCGACCGAUCAGUCGCAAAUGCCAUC